UAAAGUUUUGAUUUAAAAUGAAAGAUUUUGUCAUGUUUGGUUGAUAUGCCAAAUAUAAAACAUCAUAUUUAGGAGAGACUUAGAAAAAGCAAAAGAUAAAGAAAUUAAGAAAGCAAAACAUCAAGAAGAAGAUAUCAAUGGCGGAUUGGGGGCCAGUGUUUGUAGCAGUGAUUCUCUUCAUUCUAUUAUCUCCAGGCCUUCUGUUUCAGGUCCAUGGCGCCGAAAAAUUCAUCGAGUUUGGAAACUUCGAAACAAGUGCAACCUCUAUUUUUCUUCAUUCUCUCAUCUUUUUCGCGCUCUUUUGUCUCUUCACUCUCGUCAUUCAUCUUCAUAUCUACAUCUAAAUCAUAUAAUAUCGUUUUUUAUCACUUUUCACGUAUAUAUAAAUUAAGUUCGUAUCAAUUUUCUGUUCGUUUCAUUUCAAAAGUCUUUGUAUUAAGAGAGAUGAUGUAGUUUUAUUCAUAAUAUAUCGUGGAUUUAUUAUGUGA